AAUUAGUUAGUAAGCUGCCUAAUAAUAAAAGAAAAUUAGUUUGAAAGGUUUUAUGUUCUAAUCGUUAUUUGAUGUAUAUGUAUUCUUAAUCGACAAGAAAAAUAUGCAACUGGUGUAAAAGUAGGGACAUAGUACUGAUUACCAUUUGCUCAUUAAAUGUAACAAGUUUUUAAUGUUGUAGAGAAAGACAUCGUUUUUCAAUUGGAUGAUUAAAAAUGAUUGCAGUAGAAGUUACUUUGAUACUGGCUGGGACAUUUUUAUGUGUAAUAUUGUUUUUUGCCGUCUUUACUUUAUGCAAAUAUAUACGCAAUAAAAAUAGAAAGAAGAAGUCUAAUGAUCAUCCUCAACUAAUCGUUAAGAAUCCUAGCGAAUUUUCAAUUAUAAAAGUGAAGACUCAAUUACCAGUAAAAGAUGGUGACAGGACAAAGUACCCAUCGUCGAGCAUUUUUGUGAAUGAGUGGGUUCAUACAUUCGGACGAAGAAAUUCUCCAACUAUUGUGGUUUCAGAUGAAUAUUAUCCUAAAUAUUCUGAAAGGUCAGAUAGUAUUUCUCAUGAGGCACCAUUAGUUGUCAAAGAAAGGUCUUCUUCUCAAAUAGAAUUAAAGCAGCGUAAGAUUAGUAAUGGAGCGUUGGAGCAAUUAGCUAAACAAGGUAAACAAGUAUGCAACUCCGAUCUCCGUUCACGUUCAGAACUUUUUAGUGAAGAUGAUAGUUUGUCAUGGGAAAUUGAUUCACUGAAUAAUGACGCGGAAUACAAUUCAGCAGAUAGUUUCCUUAGCGAUAGUGACCAAUCAUGUUCAAGCUAUUCUAGUACUGGCGUAAUUGAGUGUAACAAAAAACAUCUUCAUGGUAUAAAGAGAAAGAUAGCUUCCAAUCGCAAGAACAACCAAACUAAUUUGUUAAAAAGAAAAAAAAUUGGAACUAUAACAAUGAAAACUAAAUUUUUGAGCAGUAGUAACACUUUAGAAGUAUGGAUUUCUCGAGUUGUUUAUUUUAAUCAUAAAAAGCCUAACAGUUGUCUAAAUUUUUUCGUUCUUCUGAGUAUAAUGCCAGAAAAAAUACAAGUACAAUCCUCAAAGUGUAUAAAAGGUAGCAAUGAGUUCAACUUUAACGAACAAUUUUGUUUCCAAGAUAUAACAAAAUUAAAUAGAUGUAAUUUACAAAUAAAAUUGAUAAAACAUAACAAGAUGAAGAAAUUUCAUAAACAAAUUAUUGGAGAAGCACAAAUACCCAUUACUGAUCUUAGCUAUGCAGGUGAAGAAUCCAAUAUUAGUUGUGAUCUUUUUUGGCAUUUUACGACCAAGGCAUCUUUGGGAUCAAUAAACAUCUCUUUAUGUCAUCAAGCUACAAUAUCCAAGCUCGAUGUGAUUAUAACUGAAGCAAAAAGUUUGCCAAAGUUUUCAAAUCCUUAUGUUACCGUUUCAUUAUUUCGAGAAGAAACAAUUGAAAUGAAAAACACCUCUAAAAAAUACAACUCGUCCAAUCCUAUAUUUAAUGAAUCGAUAGAAUUUGAUAUCUGUACAGAUAUUUCAAACCCACUUUCGGUUUAUACAAUGGUUGUUACAGUUAAUGAUUCAAGUUUUCUGGGUAAAAACUGUGUCAUUGGUCACGUGAUAUUUAGUUUGCUUUCUCCACAAAAAUCUGCUGUAACUCAUUGGCAACUUGUGCAGGAUUCUCCCCAUCAAUCUCAUUCAGAAUGGCACACUCUGAUAGAUCCAAAUGAAAUCUAAAAAUUAACUUAUCUCUCUAAUCAGCUGGUUGGCUAAUUUUCGUACUUAAGAUUUAUUCUGGAGAAAUUUAAUUGUAGAGAAUUCAUUCUGCAGUUUUUAACAUUAUGCAGAUUUUUUUUAAAAAGUCCAACAAAUACGUGCAACAAAACGAGAAAAUUUUCUAGUGUUUUUUACCAAACAUAUAUUUGGAAAUCAGUUAUGCAAAUUUUAAGUUCAUUUACGCGAUCGUUCUAUUUUUAACGUAAAAAGGCAAAAUAAUCGUAGUAAUGAUACAGUUAUUGCUAAAUCAAUCCAACCACUCAUAACUAUUAUAGAUAAUUACCUCAAAAGGUUGAUAAUCUAUUAUACAUAAUUACCUCUGCAAGGUUGCUGUUUAUGCUGUUCACAAUACACUAAACAAUCACGCGUUGCGUGAAUGAUUGUGUAGUUGUCAACCACUCAUCUGAUCACUGGAUUGCGCAUCUCUAACAAUAUUCAAAAUAAAGCCAAGUUCGCCAUUUUAGCAAGCUCCAAAACACAAAAGUAAUGGAGUUGUGCUUAAAGAUUUGUUUAUUUUGUGCUUUUUAUAAAAAAAUUUUAUGCUUUUUCUUUAUACCUUUUUAA